AUGUCUGAAACCAUAGUGUUAUACUUUCAUCUUUCCACUGAACUUAACAAAACACUCUCUAUCUCAAGUCUUGCUGAUGUUACUCAUUCUAAAGCUGCUCAUGUUGAACAUCACUCUUCUUCUGACCUAAAUGACAAUCAGUAUGAUAAUGUGCUUCAUGGAGAUGACCUUUGUGAAUCUGAAGGGAAUGCUAAAACAGAACUUGCAGUGCCUAAACCUGAUGUGUUACGAAAUGAAGAAAUUUAUCAACAAUCAGAUGAAAAUGAAAUUGAAGAAAGACUUCAACAGAGAGCAAGAAAUCCAGUUGAGCAUCCCAUGAUCACUAGAGGUAAAGCUGGAGUGUUCAAACCAAAGGUUUAUCUGGGAAAUUCAACUGGAAACAUCUCAGAACCUAAAAAUGUAACUGAGGCUAUGAUGAAUGAUGAUUGGAAGAAAGCUAUGGGGGAAGAAUUCAAUGCCUUGACAAAGACCGAAACAUGGGAACUGGUGCCUCCUUCACCAACAUACAACAUUGUAGUAAAUAAAUGGAUCUUCAAACUCAAAUAUAACACAGAUGGUUCAGUACAGAGAUUCAAAGCCAGACUGGUAGCCAAAGGCUUUCAUCAAACACCUGGUAUUGACUUCUAUGAAACAUUUAGCCUUGUUAUCAAGCCUUCAACCCUUAGAAUAAUACUUACUCUAGCAGUUGCAAAGGACUGGACAAUCAGAUAG